AUGCCUUUGACUACUCCUCAAAAUAAAUCUAAAUUAGAAAAUAGAUUAAUCAAAACAAAAAAGUAACUAAGUUUUCAUGAAUAAGAGAAUUGGAAUGAUGAACAUAUAUUAAAAUAUCGAAAUCACUUGAAAGAUGUAAGAGAAUUAAAAUAAAAAUGGUAAUUUAUUGAUAGACCAAUGAAUGCUUCAGUAUCAGAAAAGGCUAAAUCUGAUAUUCUCGAUAUGGAAUAAUCAGUAAUCAUAUCAUAUAUAUAUAUAUAAUUAGAUACAACAUGUAUCUCUUGAAAAACCUAAAAAAAAGUUGAUUAUUCGUCCAUUUAGUUCCAAAUAGUAGAAAUUAUUAUCAUAAAUCUCACAAAUUUACAAUUUUUAAUCAUGUGCUAAUCGUUAAAAUAAAAUAAAACUCUAUUUAUAAUCUGAUGAUAAUUAUGCUAAUCGUUCAUUUAGAUAUUACAAGAAUUUUACAAAUUAUCUUAACUCAAUCAAAUGA